AUGGGUGGUGUAUACACUCGCGUGUUAAAUGUCGCGUCAUUGCGACCUGGUGAUCAUGUUUGUAUUUGGGACUAUAGUCGUUGGCCCAUAUCGUAUCAGCACCAUGGUAUCGUAUGGACAUCAGGUUCUACUAUCGCUGAGAUUCGGGUAUGCCACGUCUGGAGUCCGCUUGAAGGCUAUCAGGAGGCACAAGCCGACUCGUGCUUUCGAAUUUCGACUUUAGAAGAAUUUCUUUAUGGACGUAAUCAAAAGCAUUUGCGUCUUGUCGAGUACAAUACUUCAGGACUUCGCGAAGUGCUGUCUAGGUGGGGUGAAGUACAUCUUAGUAAAGCUGAUUUACCCGAAGUUGUCUUGGCACGUUGUAAAUUCUUACUGGGCUUGGGUCGAGGAGAUUUUAAUAUUUUUACUCAAAAUUGCGAACAUGCAGCUCAUUGGUGUAUGACGGGGGAACAAUGGUGCAAGCAAACACUUACAAAAGUUAAGGGUCGUGUACCAUUUGAAAAAAGACUUGCGAAAGAAGAUGUGGAUGCACUUGUGAAAGAAGUGGAAGAGAUCAAGGCAAUCUCUCGCGCUGUAGUUAAUAAUGUGCUAAAACUAUCAGGCUCAAGCGUGUUUCUUAGAGUGCAAGGGGGUCUUUACGUACGAGUUCAAGCCGACAAAACGGUGAGUAUUGUACCGCAGGGAGACGAUCCAACAACGUGUGGACGGACAGCUUUUCGUCUUGAGUGUUACGCGAGGGGCUACAAUAGCAUUCGCGUUCGAUUUUAUCAUGAGGAUACAGGUUGUUAUAUGUUUAGUCGAUCGACAUUUAGCUGCUUUCGUGAUCUUAGGAUGAAAGAGCCAAUUGCUGUACGUGGAAAGUCGGGCCUUACAUGGGAGUACUCGACUCUGGGAUACCUACGAAGUAUGAAUCAGCACAGACGAUACGUGGGUGCACGGGACGACGGCGUGUUGUUGGACGUGAGCAUGCGUGGAGAUGCUGUUCGAUUUGAGUUUGUGGCUUGUGAAGGAUCUGCUGAGCUGUACACACCACCAGAUAUCAACCAGGUCACGCGCACAUACAAUCAUGAAAAGACGAUUCAGUAUACCGAAUCACAGAGCAUGCGGGACUACAAGGCUGCCGAACUUGACAAAAUGUCGCCUAUGUCGUCCAGUGCAAUUCCCACGACGGAAAGGGGAGCAGCACUUGCCGUUAUACCGGCUCUAGUCGAUUCCGUAUGA